AUGUCAUUCUCUCCACCAGACAGUUACCUACAAAUUUCGCAGAUAUUGCGUGACCCAAACAAUGACUGCAAUACAAUCCCGAUCAAUGAGCUUCAAUUUGCGCUGCCACUUUGCCUGACUCCCCCAGAUUCGGAGCUGGACCAGUCGGUGAGCUCCGUCGUCAAUGUGGGUGAAAAGCAACAGCUACCGGAAUGGAUCCAGACAGAGCCAGGCUGGUUAGACAGUGUAGAGGCUUCUUACCAGAACCAAGAAGCUUGUGCUGGCAAUGUCACACAUUCUUACUCACAUUAUCAAAUUGAUGAUCGAGCCUCUUCGGCAUCUGCCGUUAAUAUCCAACAGGAGCUCUAUCCAGUCCCCACACCACAAAAGCAGAGCACAGGGCGGCGGAUACGUCGACAGAACCACUCGUGUGACCCCUGUUGUCUAGCAAAACGGGGAUGCGAUCUUCCGAGGGGGGUAGCAAUCUGUGGCGACAAGCCCACAGUUGCGUGUACCAUGUGCUCCCUCCGCAGUAUGGAAUGUACGGUGGCCUGGUUAGCUAGCCGGAAACCCUCCCGCCAGAUCCAAAGGCGAGCAGAAACUUCCCCUCGGUCUCCGGUGGGCUAUAAGGCUCCCACUUCCCAAUGGAAUCCAGUCGAGGAUGUGUCCCAGAUGGAAGGUUUAACGUUGAUACCCCGAGCUGAAUGGGACCAAGCGAAGCAGCUGGAGGCCCGAGAACGUUGCUUGCAGCACUUGUAUUUAUACAUUGAUGUCUUUGAUAUGCAAAUCACAGCCUGCCUUUCAGAGGGAUGCAUGCCUCCUUGCUAUUCUCUGGGGAUUGAAGCUCUAGUGCCGUUGAGCAACAGUGCUGAUGUUUCUCCAUAUGUGGAGCGUGUCCGGUCGAGUAUCAACAACUCGUGGUAUAUGGAUCUGACAGCGUGGAACUCAACAUCUGCGACACCCAAUCUUUAUCUCGCCGUGUCAUUACUGGAUGCACUUUUUCAGUACCCGGGGGGCCAGAAGAGCCCUUCAUCUAGUAACACGCGAGAUAAAGCUAUUGAUGAAACAUACAAAUGGGUCGCUAUUGCAACAGCCACCCAAUUCACAGUGGACGAAAACAACAGAACAGGAACAGCCAAGUCUCAUUCAAGGGCCAGAGACAUUGCCUUUGCAACGUGGCAAAAGGCCAGAGAGAUGCUCUUCAGGAACAUCGGAGCAACUGGGUCUUUCCGCCUAGCACUCUCGCUCCUCCUUUUUGGCGGGAUUUUGCCACCAACGGGGCUGGAGCAGAGGGAAAUAUGUGCAGAGGAUACCACUUACGCGCACCGUGAAGGGGCUCGGCGUCUUCGAGCACUCUGUUCUAAUGCGCGUAUCUAUCUCCAAGAAAAUCGCGGGCACGGUGGUCAUCCCCUCUCGUCUUUAAAUACGGUAGGCGCCGCCACAGGGAGGCGAAAGUCGCACACAGUCCAAGCAUUCUCGUCUGAAGCUCGCCAAUACAUCCAAGAAGUGGUUGGCGCUAUAGAGUGGUUCUUCUGGAUGUCUCACUCUGUCACCAUCGCCAUCUCCCGUGAGCGAACAGACCCGACGAAUCUCGACCUUCAAUACGGCAGUAUAAAAGAAUUAGCCUUGCGGGGCCCGGCACAACCUGGAAACCUAGACGAAUUAAAGACUAGGAGGCAUGAGCGAGAAAUAGAAGAUUCUAUUCUUGCUCGGGCUCGACCUGAAAAGCAUAAUGUAACUACCCUGUGGUCUCAAAACGUAUCGUGCGAUGUUGUAGAUCGCGCUGUCACUAAUGCAGGCUCGCUCGCUGUGCUGUUGUGGCGAUCAGUAGCCCUUCUGACAUUAGCAUCACAAGAUAUGUUGAUGGGCAUGGGAGAUGAAGAAAGCUUUCAGCGCCAAUACACGGCGACAACCGAGCUGAUCGACUCCUGGAGAGAGGCCUUUGGUCCAAUCACCUCUACAACCAUCAUAGGCUUACAAGCGUCCCGAGCGGAUAUCCAACGCAGGGCUCUUUUCUGCGCCACCGACGGCGACCUGGCGAUUCUCUUGUUCGAUGAGCUUAUCCGUGAAUUGGAGGUAGGCCUUAAAGAAUCAUUGCCAGCCGGUGACAGCUUCUACACAACUCUCCGAUCGACGAGUACGUAUCGUCAAGAAGAGAGGCUCGAAAGCGCUAUGAACAUAUCCUACCUGGCUUCACUGAGUAUCAAAGUGCCGAGCCCCGGGUUCCAGGGAGACCACGGUUUGAAAGCAAAUGUGCAGGACAUUGCUGCGCAUCCGGUGAGGCAACCAGCCCUUGUUGUCAAGGCCUAUACACUGGCUGCCAAAACACUUGCGGACGAGAUCCAACGUGUGAUGGCUAAGAUGGAGACAGGUAGCGUGUACACAUUGACAAACGGCCUGAACAACUGCCUACAGGGACUGCUGGCCCUGGAAAAGACCCUUGUCAUGUUUCCGAAUAGAGACGAUGAUAGUGCGAAAGCACCCUUAGAGUAG